CACUACAGGAAAACUGGUUUUUAAUCACGAUAUCUUAUUCACGAUAGUGUUUUCUGUACUUAGAGGUAUGCUACUAAGCACGGUAAAAUUUCCCGUAAUUAAUUUUAUAGUUACAAUCACGGGAAUUAAUUUGCCUAUUUUUAAUCUUCACUUCCCGUGACUAAUAAUCAGUCACCACUACAAGAAAACAAGGGUUUUGUGUCACUAAAAAAUUAUUUAGCGUCGGAGAUUUGUAUCGGUUAAACAACCGACACAAUUUUUUAUGCUUUUACAUCGGUUAGAGAGAACCGACAUAAUUUCUUUCGUAUUUGAGUCGGUUUUCACUGUAACCGACACAAUUAUUGUUGAUUUGGGUCGGUUUCGUAUUGAAUCGACACAAAUCCUUUGCCCGCCCAAUUUUUCAAUGCCCGCCUAAUUUUUUCUUGAGAAAUGCCCACCCAAAUUUUGACCACUGCCCAAAAUUUCCCUCCUUUCAUGGUUGAAAAUUUUCAGCAGAUAAAUCAAACCCACCACCGCCCAAAUUUCAAACCACUAUUUCUCUCUGUUGGAAAUUGAAAACGAGCCCUUCGCCUACCUCUCCUUCGUUCCUCUCCAAACAACAACCACUUCACUUGCCACUCUAGCGGCUUGCUCUGGCGAGAUGCGGCAACGUUGGCGAAAAGGCCAGACGACUAUGGCGGAGAGAUUGAGACGACAGAGCAAAGGUUCCAGCAAGGUGGGGGCAGAGAGUGAGUUUCGAAGGUUGGAUGAGAUGGUGGCGGCGGAGAGAUCGAGACGGCAGAGGCUGAGGUUUUCGCUCCAGAUCUUCAAGAAGAAGCCUUCUUGUCGCCUUCUCCGACCAAGAAUGAGGAGGUAGAAGAGGCCUCCAUUGUCCGACCUCCCUCAGUGCCUCCUCAUCUUCUUCUCCAUCGGCUGCACCACCGCUUGGGCUAAAGGAGACCAGGGUUGCCGGUAAUCUGGGUUCCCGAUUUGGCUGUCUGUUUUCAUCUUAUUCUUUGUCAAAUGAACACCAGAUUUGUGAUUGGGUUUAGUUUUAAUUGAUAUUGGUUGAUUUCACGUGGUGGAGUAGCCCCUAGAAGCAGCAGCGACGCCGAUUUGAGAGGAGAGAUUUGAGACAGGGGAGGGCGGCGGAAGACAAGGGAGAUUUGAGAUAGGGGAAGAGUGAGCCGAACAGAGUUGUGGGUUCCGAAGUUGGAUCUGGUCGUGUUCCAGGCAGGGAGAGGAAGACUCCUUCUUCCUUCUUUUUCCGUCGAUGGAGAACACAGAGAACGCAGAUUAGACGACCGGAGAUGGAGGUGCGGUGGUGUGGAUAGACGACAGAGUUGCUAGGGCGGAGGCGUGAUGGCAAUGACGAUAUGUUUUUUUUUUUUUUGUAUGGGGCUUUCUGCGUGUUGGAGACUUUCUGGGGAUGGAAGAGACGGAUCUCUUCUUCCGGCGGCGGAAGUUUUUUUUUUUUUUUUUUAUAAUUUGUGUCGGUUAUUUUGAGUUUGUUAAACCGACGCAAAUAAUUCAUAUAACUAAGAAAAUAAUAAUUCAUAU